AUGAUUGUCAUCAUCGUUGCUUUCUUUCAGAACUUACUUCGCAGAGCAUGCGAGAACUUCUUUUUACUCUUCAAAUUCAAGGAUGACCCGGUGGAAGAGGGUAAAGAAGAAGGUCGCAUUCGUUACGGCGUCCGCAAGCCCGCCAAUCCGAUCAAGUUGCUUUCUCGCCUCGAACCUCAUCAUUGGCUAGCACUUUUUAUUGGUUUCCUGGCAGUUUAUGUGGAUCUUUUGGAUUUUUACGUUCUUGCGGCAGCCAUCAAAAAGAUUUCCACUUACUUUGGGACCUCAAAGACGCACGUUAGCGACUCCCUCACCUACUCCAUGUCGAUGAGAAUUGUUGGUGCAGGACUUUUUGGCCUACUCGGAGACUACUUUGGAAGGAAAUGGCCUUUAGUUCUGAAUCUUUUCAUGCUUGCAGGACUUCAAAUUGCGUCAAUUUACUGUCAUACGAUUGAUCAAUUUUUAAAUGUAAGGCUGAUUUUUGGUCUGGCGAUGGGUGGUGUGUAUGGUCUUGCUGCUUCAAAUUUGAUGGAAAACGCUCCACCAGAGAGUCGAGGUUUGCUUGGAGGAAUCUUUCAAUCAGGAGCCGCAGCAUCGGGCUUGACAUCUGCUGCAAUCAAUUUGGGUGUAGGUCCAAAGCCAGACAGCUGGAAAAAGAUGUUCUGGAUUACCAUAGGUCUGACUUUUGGAGCAGCUGUCGUUCGAAUUCUGAUCCCAGAAUCAAAACAAUUCAGAGAUGCGGCGAAACGUAAGAAAAAUUCCCUUCACGGUCAAACAUAUAAACAGAGGCUGAUCAAGUUUUGCAAAGAAUUCAGAAAAAUGCUAUUACUGCAUUGGCAAACAUUUGUCUAUUGCUGUAUUUUUGUAACGCUCUUUCAAUGGGCAGUACAUACAUACGCUGACAACUACGUCACCUUUCUCAUCGUCAGCAAAGGAAUGACCAACAGCAGGGCUAGCAAGAUCACAAUGAUUACAAAGGCAGGCUGUAUUAUUGGAGUAUGGACAAUGGGCUGGCUCGGAGAAUAUAUAGGACGUAGAAGAAUGGCAGCUUUUUCUGCCUUGAUGGCUGCUAUCACAUUGCCAGCAUCUAUUGUGCCAACGUCUUUUUCAGGUCUUGCAGCGGGCGGAUUCUUUUAUCAAUUCUUCUUCGAAACAUAUGGUGCAAUCCUUGCAGCCCAUCUCAACGAACUUUCUCCAAUCGCUUUCCGUGCAGUGAUGCCUGGAAUUGCCUAUCAAUUUGGAGCUUCGGUUUCUGCACCUGCAGCAAUGAUCGUUAACGAUAUUGCAGAAGAUAAGUUCAUUAUGCAAAAUGGUAAACGAGUGGAAGCUUAUGAGCCAGUAAUUGGAACGAUUAUGGGUAUAGUAUAUUUCCUUCAAAUCGUCUUUUCUUUGUUCGGACCUGAAAAGAGAGGAGCUGAUCUGGCUCACUUCAAACCGGCCGGACUCGAAGAUGAUGAUGAAGAGCUUCCAAUUGGUCAUCAUCUCCCUGAACGUGGAAGAUCACAAAGUGACGUCAAGGAUGACAAAGUUCCAUCGUUGUAAGC